UCCCUUAACCCCCUCACUUGAUACUCGGAAAACAAACCUGCGGUUCAAGAAUAUAAACCAAAGGACCAGGGCCCGAAAACUAGUCACUCCUCUGGCCAGCCAACUCUUCUCCUUGACUUCAUUUCUAUCCGGUCCCCGAGAUCAGUCACACACCAUGCAUACACCGUUCAUGGACAAACUCUCCCACCGCCGCGCCGGCGCCGGCGUUGGCGCCGGAGGCCGGCUGAAGCAGAGACUGACGCAGCUCCUCGUGCGUUCCUCUUGCACCACCAACACAACCAAGCCUAACACAACCACCUCGGCCACGGCCUUCGUGAGCCUCGAUAAGGCCAACGCCAACCCCCAUCACCAAGAGCACUCACCACGACAUUCCCCUGACUUCUGCGUCCCCUGCACUCACCACCACCAGCACCAGAGUCCCAAGCUGGAGGGACACAGCAGCAGCCGUUCCCGCCGCAGCCGCGCAUCAGUCGUCCACGUCUCCAUCGAAUGCACCGGCGGGGCCGCGGCUUCCUCCGACCGCCGCUCUGUCAACUCCGACGCUCCUCUCUUGUCAUCACCGUGGCCAAGGAACGAUGCCAAGAAACAGAGCAGGAGCGGAGGCAAGUCGCGGCGCUCUCCGUCGGCGUCGAGGCGCCAUUAUUGCUCUUCCUGCUCCUCCUCCUUUAAGCGGGCGCGGGCGCGGGCACGGCUGCCGCGGAGGUACAGCUUCUCUUGGACCGACGAUGAGCUCGCGCCGUUCAGCGGGGAAGACGAGAGCGGCGAGGAGGAGGAGGCCGAGACGAGGACGCUCUUCUCAUCCCUCAGCUUCUCCUCCAACGACUCCACCUCCGAGUUCUACCACACCAACAGCAGCAGCACCGUCUCCAGGAAGAGCCGAAGUCACAAGAACGCGCGUCGCCGUGCUCCGCCGCGCGCAUUGGUCCCCGAGGCCUUCCGGCCGGGGGUUCCCGUGGCGGCGAAGCACCAAAUGUACUACUACAGCGGGAAGAAGGAGGCCAGCGACGGGCUCGGGCACGGAGGUCAGGCGGUGGUGAAGCGGUCGAGCAACCCGUACGCGGACUUCCGGAGCUCGAUGGUGGAGAUGGUCGUGGAGCGGCGCAUCGCCAGCGUGGGCAAGAUGGAGGAGCUCCUCUUGUCGUACCUCUCGCUCAACUCGUCGGAGCACCACCCGUCGAUUCUCGCCGCCUUCGAGGACGUCUGGGAGGCCCUCUUCGGCGAGCCGUGAGAUCGGAGACCCUGUCUGCUUUACGCCAAGCUAUAGAAUGUUCGUUGUGACUUGUUACGUAGAUAUGCAGCGAUCGCGCGCUGGGUACUGUGUUCUGGUUUUCAAUUCGUCCUACUUUCCGCAUGCGAGUGCAAAAUUGGUGGCCCUGCUUGUGCCAUACUGCCAUCAAAAUGUUGGGGUGCUCAUACUGCGCCUUGGCUUGCCUCUAGUUGAGCGCUCUGAAUUUUAUGAACAUUUUUUCGAGUUAGUUUU